CUUGGCUGAGAGUUUUGUACAGCAGCCAGGUAGGGAAAUUGCUAUUUCCUGUGGUGGGAUUUUCCAGACCAGGCAGCCACACUGAGCCUUGGAGGUCCCUGAAGCCAGGGGUGGAGCCGCCUGUUUGGGAUUGGGAUUCGGAUUCCUAGUUAGAGUGAAAAUGAAAGUGAAAUCAUGGUUGAGAGUUUUCCCAGAAGCUGACUACAAGCCUGCCCUUCACAGAAAGAGGGCUGCUACGGAGAGUGUUGCUUCCUAGAGGAAGUCACAAAUAGAUACCAGACUUGCUAGCUCCUGAUACAUUCAUCAUGAUGAGACACUGCUGGACAGCAGGUGCUAGGAUGCUGAGCUUUACCUCUGUAACUAUCUGUUCCUCAGACCCCAGUUCUUGGUGGGUCCUGCUUCUGUAUGUCCGUGUUGUCGUUCUGGCCAGAGCCACAUCUGAACCUCAGACAACUGCCACUGUCUUAACUGGGAGCUCAGAGGACCCAUGUUCCUACUGGUCUCCAGAAGUCUCAACAAAGCCAGCACUGGAUGUCACCUGGCCAGAGGACGAAGUGCCACUGAAUGGAACGCUGACCUUGUCCUGUACUGCCUGCAGCCGCUUCCCCUACUUCAGCAUCCUCUACUGGCUGGGCAAUGGUUCCUUCAUUGAGCACCUCCCAGGCCGGCUGAGGGAGGGUCACACAAGUCGGGAGCACAGGAAUACAAGCACCUGGCUGCAGAGGGCCUUGGUGCUGGAGGAACUGAGCCCCAGCCUAUGGAGCACCAACUUCUCCUGUUUGUUUGUGGACCCUGGACAGGUGGUCCAGUACCACAUUGUUCUGUCCCAGCUCUGGGAUGGGUUGAAGACAGUCCGGUCCCCUUCUCAAGGCACCCUCUCCAGUCACAGCCCAGGACCCACACCAUCAGGGCCAGAGGACAGCAUGAAGCCAGCCACUGCAUGGCCUUGACUGGAGCCUGGAUCUCAUCUACCUGGAGGGUGAAGUCUCCACCAUAGGCUGCGUUCACCUGCGGGUAGCUGAGCUUAAGCUUCAUUUCUACCUUAGAAUUCCAUUCCUUCUGUCCACCCAUCCUGUUAACAUCUCUAAUGUCUUAUUCGCCCCACUGGUCUUCUGAUGA